CGUUUGACCCUUGACGUCAUGGAGGUCAUCUGGAAGGAGACGAAAAGAAGUGAAAAUGGCGGAGUUACAAUCGCGUGGCGUCUCCAGACAUGUAAACAAACCUGGACAGUUUAGAUUGAACAACCACAACACGUGAAGAAGGACAAAAAUCGUCAACUUUUCGCCAUGAACAUCAUCAGAGCUAUCAGAUUAUUACGCAGCCAACCCCCCAUGAGAUUGUCUAUAAACACUGUCCACUCCGGACCGCAGAGUCAGCCGGCCGAGCUGCCCGCCGCCAGCAACCCUCUCCGGCCGUUCUACUUCGCUGUCCACCCCGACCUGUUUGGACAGUUCCCGAGGGAGAAGAAGGUGAACGAAUCAUCCUUAAAGCAGUUGAACGGUUACCUGGAGUCUAUCCAGGCAGGCUGUCCACAUCUGCCUCCCAGUCUCAAGUUCUACAUACGAGAGAACAACGUUAACCAGGACAACAGAACAGGUCCUGUAGGUUUUAAGUCCGUCCAGUUCACCAUACUGUCCAAAGACUUCCUGACUGUAGUGGAGGAGAUCUUGAGCUCCUGUGACCUGCCCACUUGUCAUCUGGAGAAACUGCGCUCUACUCAGCCCACCAAGUCAACAGCCAUGCCGUUAAGACGCUGGGACGAGGCAGUGGUUCAUGACUUCUUCACCAGACCCGGCAGUCACAGAAAUCUCAGGAGAUCACAGAUAAAGAAAGAUAUUAGACUUAGGUCAUGGGUGAGUACCAACAUGCCAAAGAUUGAGAAAAGACGGAAGCAGAGCCAGACGGUGCGAGACACCAACAGGACGUUGGAGACCAAGCUGUGUGGGGACUAUGGUGUGCUGUCGGUUGACUGUGAUUGUGAGCUGGGCUGUUUCAUCGUCAAAAGUUGUCUGCAGAGCUUCCUACGACUCUGUCGGCAGCACCCAGAUAUGACAUACUUCCUGAAAGGAAAAACUAUCAUGUUCUCCAACAACUACUCUGGAGUCAGUGCUGAUGGCCAGAUUGUCUUGAGCCAUGAAGAUGUGUGGCAGCACUGGUUUAUGCUGAUCAGCAGCCUGCCUCGCUAUGAAGCGGUGGUAGAGCACAUCCCCGUCCUGGAGAAACAGCUGUCUGCGCUCAUGUCACAGGUCAAAGUUCGGCGGGACUGUAAUGUUGCCACGGUAAUGGCAGUGUCAUAUGCCAAGUGGCUGCAGAGACUGAUCGAAAGCCUACAGUUAGAUGGCACAGAACAUUUCUUUUCUGUGGGAAACCUCAGCAAGUAUAGGAUUGUGUUGCAAGGAGAGAACAGCACUCUUCGGCUGUCCCAGACAGGUCAGUUCUUGGUGCCUAUCUCCUGCCCACCAUCCCAGCUGGUACACUUCAUCAGGAGGAAGUUAUCAGACUCUCAGUAUCUUCUGCAGCAAUACGACAGGGACUACAGGGUAGAGGGAGAGGAGAUGCAGAGGUGCCGGGAAGUACUGGAGCUGGCAGCACUGAGAAAGGACCAUAACGUGUCCAUGCCACAGAUGAUAUCAUGCUGCCAGAGACUCAGACAUCAGUACUUGGAGCUGAGCCCGUUACUGAAGGGUGCACGGCUGAGGGUCACACAGUUCUACUCAAUAACGCAGGAUGGGGAUGUGUGCAUUCCGUGGAACUGGAGGAUGUAGUAGCCAGCCACAUAGUCCAACCCUGUUGAAUUGGCUACAUAUCAUCAAGGAGAUUGUCUCUAAAUGAUGAACAUUGUCGCGUUUUUACUUGCAUGUUUGCAUGACUUAAGGAUGACAUGGACCUGCCUAGAAUUGGCUCAUGGAAGUUGGUUCUGAGUGCAACUCGGACCGUAUCUAUUGCUUGUGAUUUGCUUACUUCCCAAAGACAUGCUGCCAAUUAUACUGAAGUGGCCAGCGUCGCAACUGAGUGAUCUUUUGAAGAAUGGAGACCUUGCUUAAAGGAAGAAUACGCACAAGAGGCUGAGAUGAAAAACGUUAGACAUGAAUUCAUGUUGUUGAGACUGAAAAACAUGUAAAAUUGAUGUCUGUUCCCUGUUAUGCUGCCUUUGUCUUGUCCUGUCCUAACAAGAUGCUUAAGUGUAUGACAAUUUUAAAUUAUAUCCGUACACAAAUUAAAGUGUGAUGUCAGCAGAGUUUAAAUUGUGGCAUAAUGUUAACUACUGUCACAGAUGAACUUACAUCCAAGAUGAUUUCUUUCAACUCUGUUAGAUAUUGUAUAAGUCAUGUAAGCAAAUAAAGACUUGGUAACCAAGUGUAAACCCAAGAAGAUAGAAAUCACUGUCAAUUAAGCUGACAGGAAUUGAACUCCUCAUGUACGUUAUUGUAGUCUUAUUUCAACAAAAUUGUCAGAAAGAUUUUUCCGUUAUAAAAAUGAGAAAGGCUUAUGUUAAUGAAAUCAUGGAUUGUUGACAUGAUUAAUUGUAUUGAAUAAAUCAAGCUCACAUUUGCGUGUAU